UGCACCUGAUGGUAGAUGGGGAAGACUGGGUGUGGGCAAAGUGUUCCAGGACAUGUUGGGGAUGCUGCUUGGCCAAAGCCUCCUCCACCGCAUGCCAGACACUUCCUCUAGCCGCAUUCUAGUUACUGCCUGGUUGAUAUUCGCCGUCAUCCUCGGGUCAGCUUACAGCGGCAACCUCACUGCUUCCCUUACCUUACCUAAGCAUCCUGCGCGCCCAGAGACUCUCCUACAGCUCGUCGAUGCUGUUGACAGAAUAACGAUGCCGCCAUACGGUGAAGAGUUCAGAAACUACUUUGCCAAGUCAGCGUCUCCGGUAUUUCAGAAGCUGGCCCGUCUUAUUGACAUCGUGCCAUCUUUGCUCGAAGGACAACAGCAGGCUUCUGAACUCCAAGUAAUUAAGUCAAAUUACAUAGAAGUCAUAAUAGUCAGGGGCACCUGGACAACCAACGGUACCAGCAGCUAAGCAUUGCAGAAGCAUUCACGCUGCCGGACGGAAGAGAGCAGCUGUACAUCGGACGGGAGAGCAUUAUGCCAGGUGAAGCUGCCUGGCCUCUGCCUCAUGACGCUCCUUACUCUUCAGUCAUCAACCGGCUCCUC